AGGAGAGCGGAUAUAGUAUUCAGCUACUUGACUUCGUCCCCCGUUUAACUGAACCAGAAGAAGCACAAAAGAGUAACAUGGUUUCUUUGAGCUCUCUCCUUGCAAUCAUUGUGUUGGCAUUUAGUAGUUCCUCUGCUAAAGUCAUCCGUGUUGGCCAGACAAGUAACGUGAUAGAUGGAUGUGUCAUCCACUGUCAUUUAGGAGCUUACCUUCAACAUCCUUCUGACUGUUCUAAGUUCAUACAAUGCGGCCCCACUGGACCUUCAGUUAUGAAUUGCCCAAGUGGAUUGAUUUGGAACCAGCAAAUUUUUACUUGCGCCUCAAGCCACUCAGUUUCUUGUGAAACUGGAAAAUAUCUAACUCCAGACGGCCAGCCUUGUAACGAAUUACCAACAGAAGUUCCUCCCACUCAGGCACCAACCACUAAAGCUCCAACUCAGCCCCCAACAGAAGAGCCAAAACCUGACCCAACUACUAAAGCCCCAACUCAACCUCCAACAGAAGAGCCCAAACCUGAGCCAACUACUAAAGCCCCAACUCAACCCCCAACAGAAGAGCCCAAACCUGACCCAACUACUAAAGCCCCAACUCAACCUCCAACAGAAGAGCCCAAACCUGACCCAACUACCAAAGCUCCAACUCAACCUCCAACAGAAGAGCCCAAACCUGAGCCAACUACCAAAGCUCCAACUCAACCUCCAACAGAAGAGCCCAAACCUGAGCCAACUACCAAAGCUCCAACUCAACCUCCAACAGAAGAGCCCAAACCUGAGCCAACUACCAAAGCUCCAACUCAACCUCCAACAGAAGAGCCCAAACCUGACCCAACCACUAAAGCCCCAACACAUCCUCCAACAGAAGAGCCAAAACCUGACCCAACCACGAAAGCCCCAACUCAACCUCCAACAGAAGAGCCAAAACCUGACCCAACCACUAAAGCCCCAACUCAACCUCCAACAGAAGAGCCAAAACCUGACCCAACCACGAAAGCCCCAACUCAACCUCCAACAGAAGAGCCAAAACCUGACCCAACCACUAAAGCCCCAACUCAACCUCCAACAGAAGAGCCAAAACCUGACCCAACCACUAAAGCUCCAACUCAACCUCCAACAGAAGAGCCAAAACCUGACCCAACCACUAAAGCCCCAACUCAACCUCCAACAGAAGAGCCAAAACCUGACCCAACCACUAAAGCCCCAACUCAACCUCCAACAGAAGAGCCAAAACCUGACCCAACCACUAAAGCUCCAACUCAGCCUCCAACUGAAGCUCACCCAACUCGCCUGCCUACAGUGGCACCAACUGAAGACCCUUCUUCAGGAGAAGGGACUUCAGGUGAAAGCUCCUCAUCAGAGGAGGAGUCAUCAGCUGAAGAAUGUGACUUUGAAUGCCCAAGGCGUAAUGGAGUAUUCGCUCAUCCGCGGGACUGCAGACGUUAUUUCAGAUGUAUCUUCAGGGAGGCCGAGGAGCAUAAGUGCCCUGCAGGGUUGCACUUUAGUAGCAAAGUGAACACCUGUACUCUCCCAGCUUUGGCCAAAUGCAAAGCUAACCCUGAUGCUAAAUGCUAAUGAAAACAUUGCAAAUUAUAUAGUUAUAAAACAGUUUCUUAUAUAUAUUUGAAGGAUUUAUGUAAAUAAUUAAGCAUUCUCAGGAUUCUUUGAUACCUUGACAAAACAGAUGCUAGCGUAAAAUUAAUUUUUUUUUCAUAAUUCAUAUACGUAAACGACUAUGUAUGCUU